CUCAAAUUUGACAAUAAAUGGAGAAAAAUUUCUACAAAAUGGAAAAGGAAAAAGAAAGGAAGGCCAAAACUAUCCGCCCGAUACAUACCAGAACAGUUUUCUAUUGCAUUUGCGUACUGCGGUUCAUUUGUUUUGGAUUUCCAUAGAAUAUCUCUUCGUUUUCUGCGUUUUGAGGGGAAAGAGUAAAUGGCGGCUUCGUCUUCCAGUUUGAAAGGAAAAAGAACCUCUGAAAAUGUGGCUUCUGAUGAUGUUCUUUCAGAAGACGCUGAGAAGCAGUUAUACACACAUCUCAUUCGGACCGGGAAAUCUCUUCUUGAGCUCGCGUAUACCAACGAGGAGCUCUUGCAAGAAUUGGAUAAAUUAGAGAAUCUCUUGUCUAAAGUAAGACAAGGGAUAAAGCAAAACAAGACAAUGAAAAAGGUGCUGCGACCUGCAAAGAAGGCGCUGGUGGGACUCCUGGGACAUGGAGAAUUGGAUGUCAAGAUUUUCGUGACAUCAUGCCUCACUCAGUUAAUGAGAAUAACAGCCCCCAAUGAGCCUUUAGAGGAUGAUUACAUGAAGGAAUAUUUUCAGUUGGCUGUGAUGGCAUGUGGAAAAUUGUCAUGCAUGACUGGUCAUGGCUAUUUGAAGGUUCUAUCAAUGCUUCAGGUGUUUGCAGAUGUGCAUUUAUGUGUGGUGAUGUGGGAUCUGGAGUUAGAUGCACUACUUGUGGAGUUGUUCCAGAAGUUCUUAAAUACCAUACAGUCUAUCCAGCUUCCUGUUGUAAUUAGUAGCAUGGAGAAAAUCAUGAUCAUGGCAAUAAACAGCAGCGAUGAAAUGUCAUUGGAUCUUCUGCUUGUCCUUCUAGCUAGUGUGAAGAAGGAGAAUCUAUGUCUAUCUCCUUUUUCCUUCAAGAUAGGGGAGAGAGUUCUUGAAAAAUGUGCUCCUAAACUCGAGCCAUAUCUCCAAGAAGCAGUGAGUUGCAUGGGCAUUUCUUUUGGCGAUUAUGCUAAUAUAGUUGCAUCUAUAUGCCAGGGUGCAACUCAAAGGGAAAAUAUGGAUGCUGUAAAGCUUCAAGUAGCUGCUGCUAGUCACAGAGAAGUUGGUCAACUCCAAUCGUCUAAAUCACAGGUGAACAAGAGCACAUCUGAUGUAAGGAAUAAACGAAAGUUUGAUGCAAAUUCAACAAAAGCAUUACACCAUUGUGAUCAAAUCAGCAAGCAGAUCGAUGUAGACGAGACAAAGAAAGUAGGUGAGGACGUUCCUGUUGUUAAGAAAAGGGAUGGGAGACACAGUUCUCUGCUAAACUCAGAGGAGGGAUAUGAUCUUUCCUGCCCGCCAGUUCAAAACUCUCAUUCUAGGAAGAGGCGCACAAGGAAAAAGGUUCAGUAGGCCUCAAAUUAAUUCUUCUCAUCCUUCCAGAGGAAACACAAGGGAAAGCUUCCUUGAAGUAUCCACAGAUGGAGGAAGAAUGAUAUUAAACUUGUCUUGGUUUAGUUCAAUUUACCUUACCAAACAAGACAUUAAUGUUCUUGAAUUGUCAAUAUCCAACAUAGUGAGGAUAUAACCACUGUCUUGACCCAUUAGCUUCAUUUUACCACACUUAAUAGUUUUUUCCUCCUUUGAAUGUAAAUUCAUGCUAUUAGCAUUGUUGGAAAUAUUGCAAAGACAAUUUCAUAUAUACUAGUAAAAACUGUAAUUUUGGAUUUGGUCCUGUCUCUCCGGAGGCAAUAGCUUAUCAGAUUUAACCUUGGAUUCCGUGGUAGUUCACAAUCAGAAAUACGAAAAACAAACUUAUAUGUUGCUCAUCGGAAUGUCCAUCCUGUUCAUUGCUAUGCACCUAACAAGCCCUUAUGAGUUCCUUACAAAAACCUGAUGCACUUCCUGAGGAUAAAAAAACAAGGGGUGAACAGUUUUGAAAUUGUU